AUGAGCCCUCCGCACACAAUGACCUCCAACGAAGUCUACCUGCUGCCGCUCAACGACGAUGGCUCGCCCCAGGUCCAGGGCGAGUACAUCUACCUGGCCCCCAAGACGGACGAUCCUGUGACGGUGCGAUUUGCCAUCGAGGGCACCUCGUCCAUCUGUCGCAAUGGCAGCCUCUGGGUCAACAUCCCCGACCACGGCGACGACUUCCACCGUGACCAAUUCCGGGAGUACAAACUCACUCCAGACUUCAACCGCACCCUCGAAAUCUCCAUCCCCAUUCACCAAGCUGGUGCCUACGCCUUCUACACCACCUACGCCGAGCUUCCUGACCUGGAGAGGGACUUGGGACCCAGCUCUGCCGAAAAGGUGGUGCUCAAGAAGACGCCCGUCUACUACAUCGAUGUCGCCCCCAAGCUCAAGCUCGAAGGCCGGCCAUUGCCGUUGCCCGCGCUGUCGAUUUUCUCCGUCAUCAGCAAGUUUAUGGGCAAGUACCCGAAUGAUUGGGAGCGCCACCUGCGUGGUAUCAGCGAUCGCGGCUACAACAUGAUCCACUUCACCCCCUUGCAAAUCCGCGGCGAGUCCAACUCACCGUACAGCUUGUACGACCAGCUCGGUUGGGACCCCGCCUGCUUCCCUGCUGGCGAGGAGGACGUGCAGAAGAUGGUCGACAGCCUCGAGCAGAACCAUUCCCUGCUGAGCUUGACAGACAUUGUGCUAAACCACACGGCAAACAACACAAAGUGGCUGCAGGAACAUCCUGACGCCGGCUACAACUUGGCUACUGCCCCGUGGUUAGAGUCCGCCUACGAGCUCGAUACAAAGCUUCUGGAGUUGAGCUCCAACCUGAAGCAGCUCGGCCUCCCAACUGAAUUGAAGUCCGCUGACGACCUGAUUCUUAUCAUGGACGCAAUCAAGUCAGAGGUUGUUGCUAAGAUCCGACUGUGGGAAUACUACGCUCUGGAUGUUGACCGAGAUGCCGAGACUGCGGUCGAGGCCUGGGUCAAGGGCAACACGCACGACACCGGUGACUCUGCGUUCUACGAAAGACUGAAGUCACUCAAUUCAGCACCCUUGAAAGAACGUAUUGAAUUUGUCCGAGAGUUCGGAUUGAAAGGAACGGACCGUAUGGGCGAGCGGUUCAGACGACAGAUCGAUCCCGCUGUAGCGGCUAGCAUUUUGAAUUCGUGGUUGGGACAACCUGAGAACAACGACAAACAAACAGCAAACGCCAAAAUGGUGGAGUUGAUGGAUGUCUUGAACGUGGAGUUCUACAAGGAGUACGAUUCCGAGAUUGCUGAGAUCCUCCAGCAGCUCUUCAACAGGAUCAAGUACAUGCGCCUUGAUGAUAAUGGCCCAAAGCUUGGCCCCAUUGAUCAGGCUAACCCUUUGAUUGAGAGCUACUUUACGCGACUCCCUAAAAACGAGCUUACAUCCCAACAUGAGCCGGGAGAGACCGUCCUGGCCAACAACGGUUGGGUUUGGGGCGGAAAUGCCCUCAUUGAUAAUGCAGGACCUGAGUCGAAAGUCUACCUCCGCCGAGAAGUCAUUGUCUGGGGUGACUGUGUCAAGUUGAGGUACGGUUCAGGACCUCAGGAUAGUCCUUGGUUAUGGGAGCACAUGACAAAGUAUGCCCGUAUGCUGGCCAAGUAUUUUGCUGGAUUGCGAAUCGACAACUGCCAUUCGACGCCGAUACAUGUCGCCGAGCAUAUUCUGGACGAGGCGCGCCGGGUGCGACCCGACCUAUACGUCGUUGCAGAGCUGUUCACUGGCUCGGAGGAUAUGGAUUAUGUCUUUGUGAAACGACUGGGCCUGAGUUCUCUCAUCCGCGAGGCCAUGCAGGCAUGGAGCACGGGCGAGCUCAGCCGACUUGUCCACAAGCACGGUGGCCGGCCCAUCGGUAGCUUUGAGGUCGACGAGGUCUCCAAAUCUGAUAUCCGCACACCCGCUGGAAGUCCAACGAGCAGCAAGAAUGGUGUGGUGAACGGACGUGGAGACCGCUCGAGGGAGAUCAUUCGGAGAAUCAAGCCGAGCCCUGUGCAAGCAUUGUUCAUGGACUGCACGCAUGACAAUGAAACGCCAGCACAGAAGCGCGACGCUCGGGAUACUCUGCCUAAUGCAGCUCUGGUCAACAUGUGCUCCAGUGCGACUGGAAGUGUCAUGGGAUACGAUGAGAUCUACCCUAAGCUGGUGGACCUCGUCAACGAGACAAGGCUCUACACAUCUGCUUCCUCCGGGUUGAAGCCCAUCAAGAUAGGAAGUGGUGAAAACGGUAUCGGUGGCAUCAAAAAGCUGCUGAACCAGAUCCAUACUCUGAUGGGCAAGGACGGUUACGACGAAACCCACAUCCAUCACGAGGACCAGUACAUUACUGUUCACCGAGUACACCCCGAGUCACGAAAGGGAUACUUUCUCAUUGCGCACACGGCGUUCCCCGGCUACGGCAAUGGGAAUGGCGCCUUCAACGCUGUCCAUCUCACCGGUACUAAGGCACGACACCUUGGUAGUUGGAUGCUCGAGGUCGAUACUAGCGAAGAGGCGAAGGAGAAGGUCCUUGGCGACAAAAAGUAUCUGCGUGGCCUUCCGAGUCGUGUGAUUGAUCUGCCCGGAAUCCGAAUGGAGGUCAAGGGCGACGACACCAUCAUCACUGUGCGCGACAAAUUCCCUCCAGGAAGUAUCGCCCUCUUUGAAACAUGGAUCCCAGCAGCAGAGCACUCGUCUGGUUUGGAUAACUAUGUUACAUCGGGAGCAAAGGCUGCAUGGAAGGACCUCAGCCUAACUGAUCUGAAUUACCUACUGUACCGAUGUAACGCGGAGGAGCUAGCAGCGAGUGAUGGCCGAGACGGAGUAUACGAUAUCCCUGCGCAUGGCAAGCUCGUGUAUGCUGGCCUUCAGGGUUGGUGGAGUAUAUUCAAGGACAUUAUCCGAGACAACAACCUGGCUCACCCCCUUUGCCAAAACCUUCGAGAUGGCCAGUGGGCCUUGGACUACAUCGUUGGCAGAGUCGAGCGCAUCAGUGCCAUUUCGGGCAAUGAAUCGCUUGCCGGACCUGCAACUUGGCUCAAGGAGCGACUUGAUGCCAUCAGGGGGAUCCCCAAUUUCUUGCUUCCUCGUUAUUUCGGCCUUGUUCUGCGAACCGCUUACAUGGCGAGCCGGGAGAAAUCCUUGGAGCUCAUGAAUACCAAUGUCCGAGAGGGACAAUGGUUCCUUCAGAGCCUGGCUAUGGUGAGCGUUCAGCAGACUGGAUACGUCAAGUCGGCAUCCUUGUGGCCCAACAAGUUGGUACCGUCCCUGGCGGCUGGCUUGCCUCACUUCGCUGUUGAGUGGGCGAGAUGUUGGGGUCGAGAUGUGUUCAUCUCCCUACGUGGACUCUUCCUUGGCACAGGUCGAUUUGAGGAGGCAAAGGAGCAUAUUCUUGCAUUUGCCAGUGUGCUGAAGCAUGGAAUGGUUCCCAAUCUUCUCAGCAGCGGCGAUGCGCCAAGGUACAACGCCAGAGAUUCGAUCUGGUUCUUCCUGCAAUGCAUCCAGGACUACACGCGCUACGCCCCUGAAGGCGUGGCUAUCUUCAAGGCCAAGGUGAAGCGUCGCUUCCUGCCAUACGACGAUACGUGGUUCCCAACCAACGACCCACGCGCGUAUUCGAAUGAGAGCACGAUUGAGGAUGUGAUUCACGAGGCACUUCAAAGGCACGCUUCCGGGAUGAAGUACCGGGAAGCAAAUGCGGGCCCUCAAAUCGAUGGUCAGAUGAAGGAUGAGGGCUUCAACCAGGAUAUUAAGGUCGACUGGGAGACUGGUAUUGUCUUCGGAGGCAACCAAUUCAACUGCGGCACUUGGAUGGACAAGAUGGGAGAGAGCGAGAAAGCUGGGUCAAAGGGCGUCCCUGGCACCCCCCGUGACGGAGCCGCGGUCGAGAUCACUGGACUUCUGUACAGCACGCUCGAGUGGCUCUCCCGGCUUCAGAAGAAGGGCGAUUAUCCCCACUCCAGUGUGAAGAAGACGGAUGGAAACCCAAUUUCCUUGGCUGACUGGGCCGAGCUCAUCAAGGCCAACUUUGAGCGAUGCUACUACAUUCCACUGACACCUGAAGAGGACUCGAAGUAUGAUGUCAACACAGGCAUCGUCAAUCGCCGAGGCAUGUACAAAGACCUCUACAAGUCAGGCAAGGAGUACGAGGACUACCAACUGCGCCCGAACUUUACCAUUGCGAUGACGGUUGCCCCAUCGCUGUUUGAUCCAGAUCAUGCCAUGCAUGCGCUGUGUCUUGCGGACGUAGCCCUCCGCGGUCCCACAGGCAUGGCCACGUUGGACCCGGCCGAUCUCAACUACCGCCCAUUUUACCGCAACAGCGAAGACAGCACCGACUUUGCGACAAGCAAGGGUCGCAACUACCACCAAGGCCCGGAGUGGCUGUGGCCCACGGGCUUCUUCCUCCGGGCUCUGCUCAAGUUCGACCUGAAGCGACGAACUACGCCCGAGGGCCGGACCGAGGCGUUCCAGCAGGUCACGCGGCGCCUGAGCGGAUGCAAGAAGAUGAUUGAGGACAGUCCUUGGGCUGGUCUCCAGGAGCUGACACAGAAGAAUGGCGAAUUUUGUCCCGACUCGAGUCCCACUCAGGCUUGGUCAGCAGGUUGUCUCAUCGAUCUGUACAUGGAUGCUGUGGAGGAGCAAGAGACGGGCAAAUGAAUGGAAUUGCAAUAGGAGUUGCAUAGCACGUUACCAUUGGCAUGAUUAGUACACGACGAAAAAUAGCACCUGGAUCCAAAGCACCUACUCUCCUAGAUUGAAUUAACGAAGACUGAGUUCAUUAACGGACCCAGCCGCCAUGUCUUGUCCA